AUGGAACAUCCUUUGAUAUUGGCUUCACAGACAUAUGGCAGUGGAUCGAGUGCACUCGGUCAGGCAUUCAUACAUAAUCUAAGAAAGAGACCGCAUAUCACACAGACGGCUGCACGCGACCUCGCCGCGGACCCCGAGUGGAAGCGACGCAACUGUCUCGACAGCGCCGCCGACUGCGUCGAUCACCUGCUUGAGUUGGAGCCCGUGUACUUUGACUUCCGCUGGUUCGCGCUAAACAUCAGUAAGGAGCGACGCGAUCAAAUGGAUAUCAAGCAAUGGGUCAAAGAGACCAUCGCGCAGUUCCUCAUAUCAAUCUCUCAUAUCAUGGGCACGGCCAAUCUGUACCGCGUCGAGAUGUUUGACAUGUUCUGUCAGACGCCCACGCUGCAUCGCUACUUCUAUCACUUUGACAACUUGGAGUAUCUGUUCACGAGCGAGUUCAACAUCAAUCCUGAGCGCACAUUCAAUUGCAUUAGUCACAUUUGGCGCGAGGUCUUUCAGAGUCUGAUCAAGAAUGGCAACCCCGUCUAUGUGUCGGGCACACAUGCCUGGAUGCUGCAUCCCAUGAGUCAGGGCAGGCUCGUUCGCAAUAUCUUUCAAUCGCGCAUCAAGUCGGUGGUCAAGUGGCUGAUCGUCAGCAAUCAAUCAACCGAUGACAUUGACAAGCAAUGUCGUCUGGCGGGACUAACUGUUAGCGAGCAGGUCUUGCAGCACUUCCAUAGACUGACUGGCGGCAUCCCCAAGCUCGUGGAUUUGGCAAUCAAACAUAUCAGACUACUACAAGAGUCAGCAUCAUCACCAUCGAGCAGCGACGUUGACCUGGACAGCAAGCGAUUCAGAGAGUACCUUAUACAGCUGGGCCUGGAGGAUCUGUUCAACCCAUUCUCAAGAUAUAGCAAUGAGGUGUCGGAUGAGAUGAAGGCCAACUAUCACAAACUGAUUCGACUGUCCAAUGAAAGGACAGUCAUUGAUCUUACAGCCAAACCAACACCAGAUGUCAACUUUGAGUACGCAGAGAUAUCCUUGUCAUUCCAGGCAUCAUGA